ACUCAGAAGUUUUUAUUUUUAUCUUUGUUCAGAGGAAAAUAAAUCAGACGUAUCAGAGGUCUAGAGGACAAAUUUCAGAAGAAAACAGGAAAAGAACAUCAGAAGCGUUAUGUCUGAUUGGAGUCUUUCAGACCCAUUACCAUCAAAUGAGAAAGAGGUGGCCAACGAAGGCAACGAAAAUCAAGUGGACGAUCAUUUGAAUAUCCACCAAGAUUCAGAUAUAGAAGGGUAUACACCCCCGGGUACACCCCCAAAAAGAGAUAUGGAGGGAAAGUCUCAACCUACUGACUCACAAAUGGAGUGGAGAAUGGAUAAUCUGGAGAAUGCUCUCGAGAGACACUCCGAUAUACUCGACAAUCAUGCUGAAAUAAUCAGAGAUCAAACAGUAGCCAUACUCGAUAUGAAGGAAAAUAUUGACAACCUAAACACCGUCAUACAGAAACUCACAGAACAAAUAGGAAAAUUAACUUCAGAGACGGAACAAGCGCAUUAGGCGACCUCAGCAGAGCUUGUAAUGAACUCAGACGAUCUAUUGCCCUAAACGCAACUAAUUCAAAAAUAAACAUAAAGAGAAAUUAUAAAUUAACAAAAAAAGUACCACUUAACAUUUGGUUAGACAAUAUAAAUGCUGAAUUAAAAGCUAAUAAUCUUGCAGACAUACUUGACGAUUCUCAACAAUCAGACGUUUCAGAGACAGUAAUAGAAAGACAAAACAGAAAAGACCAAGUCAGAGACAUUCUAAUAAGUCGCGUAGAUGAUUAUUACCAUAAUAAGAUUUUACAAAUAAAAGACCCAUUAGAAAUAGUGAUUAAAAUCAAAGAGUUCAGACGAGCAGAGGCCAAUGUUACCGAUUCUUCAGUCAGAGAAAAAUUAUAUAGUCUCAAAAUGAACAAUAGAGAAUCAGUAAACGAAUUUUGCGAUCGUUUUGACUCUAUUAUCAGAGAUUUUGAAAAUUGUAUUACCAAAACACCUCUGACGGAGGAAGAGAUAAGAUCGGCCUUCUUUCAAGCUGUUAGUAUAAAAUUUA